UAAUCAAUAAAAGUUAUAAAAUGUUUGUCGGUAAGUUUUUAUUGAUUGCAUUGCUGUAUAGGUUGGUGUGGAGGAUCGAGACGUCGUCGGAGUGCAUGUGUCGUGAGAUCCUCAUGGAGGAGGACUCAAAGGGGGACUCAAAGGAGGAAUCAGAGGAGGAAACUCCCUUGAAAAUCGACCUCGACACCAUUAAAUACGCCUCCAGGCGCUGGCCUAAUAAAACCAUAUACGUCAACUCCUCCUUGGUGAUGGAGCCGUUGCAACAUUUUGUCUACAAGGCUAUGGAUUACCUCAACAGCGUCACCUGCAUCAACUUCCUCAACACCACUGUUCCGAAAUCAGGCCCCGAAAUAUAUAUCGCUAGGGAUAUGGGCUGCGCCUCCUUGGUCGGAUUCAGCGGCAAAGAUCAGCCAUUAACCAUGUGGGAUACCUGCUACCUAACCAACGGCAUCAUUAUUCACGAAAUGCUGCACGCAGCCGGGCUCUACCACCACCACAGCCGGGCGGAUAGAGACCAGUACAUCUUUGUCAAUUUUUCCAACAUCAUCGACGAUUUGGCCCACAACUACAAGAAGAAUAAGGGUUACCACGGCCUCCUCGUCACCAUGGGCGUCCCAUACGACUACCACAGUGUCAUGCACUACGGCAAGAACGGCUUCGAUAAGGACCCGAAUUAUCCGAGUAUAGUGGUUCUCGGUGAUCGCGAUGUCGAAAUUGGACAGAGACUCUUCGCCACCAGAACGGAUAUCGCUACGAUCAACCGAUACUACGAGUGCCGGGAUCACUACCUGGGAGAUGAUAUCCCCGGCUCCGUCCCAUACGAUGAGUGGUUUAGGAAGUACAUGGGACUCUUCAAGGCCGCCAAAUUCAAAUAUCUAACGGAUGAAGACAAAAUUGAAUGAGCUUAACAUUUCUAUUUCUAUUUUUUUU